AUGGUCAAAGCGGAAUACAGUUCAGAAUAUGGCCCCUCUCUUCAUGCUCGUGAAUUCCAGGAGCUGGAAUUGGAGAAGCUAGGUCUGAGGCGUGGCAUGACAGAUCGAGGCUUUGAUGAGCAAAGACGGGGAUCUCCGGGCAAACAACAGGAGAUGGUCCGUGGAGGCCAAUCUUUGAGUAUAAUUCAGGAUAGCAUCGGGGGAAGUGCACGAGUUGAGAAAAUCCUAGGCGUAUUCCGGAACUCCGUACUCCGCCGUGGAGUCGAAAAGCGCCUGCCAAGAAUUAUGACGUGGUGUCAAUGGCUCCUUGCAAAGCUUCCGAUAUUAAAUCAUAAAAAGGAAGAUGAUGAGCCUUGGGACUGUGAAACCUGA